AUCUUGUACGGUACAACUCUAAGUAUAGGGUCCCGACCCCCCACACUUUCUGUUCAUACUAUGCUCAAAAAAAGAAAAGCAAUUAAUUUCACUAAUUAAUUGAAUUCGGUAUCAUCAUCUUUUUUUCUGUUCGCGUAUUGAAUUUUUUUUUUUUUUAAUUCUGCAAACCUACAUUUUCGCCCUAUAUUUAUUGCAGUAGUCUCCCCUUUUUCUCCGCUGCUGAAAUUAUUUCGGAUCAGAAUCUGAAUUCCUAUCGAUAGAUACGUAUAUAGAUUGAUAUACACGUAUAUGGCGAUUCCAGCCGCAAUUGUUGUUCUUCCGUUGGGCGUUCUCUUCUUCGUUUCUGGGCUCGUCGUUAAUUUAAUCCAGGCAGUAUGUUAUGUGCUAAUAAGGCCGGUGUCGAAGAACACUUAUAGGAGGAUAAAUCGGCAGGUGGCAGAACUUUUAUGGCUCGAGCUUGUGUGGCUCAUCGAUUGGUGGGCUGGUGUGAAGAUCGAGUUGUACGCUGAUUCUGAAACCUUUAAAUUGAUGGGUAAAGAACAUGCACUUGUCAUAUGUAACCACAAAAGUGACAUUGAUUGGCUCGUUGGAUGGGUUUUGGCUCAGCGAUCAGGUUGCCUUGGUAGCACAUUAGCUGUUAUGAAGAAAUCAUCAAAGCUCCUUCCUGUGAUAGGAUGGUCUAUGUGCUUCUCUGAGUAUCUCUUUCUUGAAAGAAGCUGGGCAAAGGAUGAAAGCACCUUAAAGUCCGGACUUCAACGACUGAGUGAUUUCCCUCGUCCAUUUUGGCUGGCACUUUUUGUUGAGGGUACUCGCUUCACUCAGGCAAAACUUUUAGCCGCUCAAGAAUAUGCAUCCUCAGCAGGACUACCUGUUCCAAGAAAUGUUUUGAUUCCUCGAACGAAGGGUUUUGUUACAGCGGUAAGUCAUAUGCGGCCAUUUGUUCCAGCCAUUUAUGAUGUGACUGUUGCUAUUCCGGAAACAUCUCCCCCGCCAACCAUGCUAAGACUCUUUAAGGGGCAGCCCUCUGUGGUUCAUGUCCACCUUAAGAGACACUUAAUGAAGGAUCUGCCAGAAACGGACGACGAAGUUGCACAAUGGUGUAGAGAUAUUUUUGUUGAAAAGGAUAAGUUAUUGGACAAACAUAACUCUGAGGGCUCCUUCGGUGAACAACUGCAAGACUUUGGGCGCCCAGUGAAGUCCCUUUUGGUUGUGAGUUCCUGGGCAAUUUUGCUUAUCUUGGGGGCUCUGAAAUUUUUUCAAAGGGCCUCACUUUUCUCAUCAUGGAAAGGCAUCACGUUUUCAGCGAUUGCUUUAGCACUCAUCACGUUUCUUAUGCAAGUCUUGAUUCAGUUCUCUCAGUCGGAGCGGUCAACCCCUGCCAAAGUAACCCCAGCUAAGCCUAAGAAGAGUGGGGAAGAGACACAAGAGAAACAGCUGUAAGUGAACUAUUUUUCUUGGAUAAAAUUAAUCGGUUGGCCUCGUUAUUAAUAUAGCGUAUCCUCUGAGCCAAAUUUGUAUUGUCCAACGAGGUACUUUUGUCCAUUUAUUAUUGGUUGUAAUAUUGUAACAUUCGAACGUGCUCGUGCUCUCUGAUUUUUGUAUGGACACAAACAGGCUGUAUGCAUAUUAGUUCAUUAAUUAUGUCAGGACUAGAGAAAGAAAAGAAAAAAUUAUUACCUGCUUCUGUUCUAGGUUUAGUAUGAAUGCAUUGUUGCGGAUUUAUUUA